GACUCAUCUGUAUUUGGUUGUAUCGUUACCGUUUUGGAGCGACCGAUCAGUUUGCAAACUUGUCGCGAUUGCAGCCUUCGUUUAGCAUUUUUGCAGAAAAUGCGUCGUUUGUUAUUUUUUUCCUCGUUGUUCGACUCUCUCUCAAGAUGGCUGAUUUAUUGAAAAUUUUCAAAAGACAGAAAGGUCUUAGAGUCGUCAAACUUGUCAAGUUGGCCAAGUUGGUCAAGAUUGGAAAAUGGUUUCUGCUGGGAAAUAUAUCAUGGAAGCUGGCACUCAAGCUCUUUCGCAUGUUGAAGCUUCUCAAGGUACUGAAAAUAUCUAGAAAAUGCAAGAGAAUUCUUCCCAAGAGACAUUUCAAGGCCUUCAAGUUGUUCAAGGCAUUCAAAAUCAUCAAAGUACUGAAUCUUGCAGCGGUUGUGUUUAUGUUGGAGGAUGCUAUGUCUCCCGCAAUGGCUUGCUCUAUCUGCUGGAGAUGAUCUUGGCCUUGUACCGUACUACACUGCCCUUCAAUUCAACGAUUGGAAAUUGUUUUGGAAAGCAAUGCGAAAGAUACUUGGUUGUGAACGGUAUUUGACAGCAAGCUAUUUCAACUUCUUCGGAAAUUUAUUCUUUGUGCGAGCUCAAUCACGUAGCAGAAAGUGCUAGAAGUAAAUCAUCUUUAGGCCA